GGUAAUUUAUGCCACACCCCUUCUCCGACCUCCAGAGCCUCUCGGGCGGCCACCAUGGCGGCCCUGGCCAGUGCCCUCCGCGCCGCCGGCGCGGCGCGCCGCCUCGCCCUCGCGCCGCCCGGGGGCCUUCGUUACCAGCCUCGAACGUAUCCCUAUCCCUGAGAUUGACACGCCACAGGCCGAUGACAAUCUUAGGGACUCGCAAGGGAAUCCCUAAGAUUGGCAUCGUGGUGGGGAGGUGCCCGGCACAGGGAUAGGGAUAUGUUCCAGGCUGGUAACUUCGAGGCCGCGCGCCGGCGCCGGCGCCGGCUCCGCCCGGCCUUCGGGUCGCUGCUGCGGAAGAACCGGGAGGCCCUGGGCUUGCACGUGCCGCGCGGGACGGCGACCCUGGACAAGUGGCACAAGGAUGAACCCCGUCUCGCAGGUGCGGGCCCAGAUCGCCGAGGCCGCGCAGCGUCGGGACUGGCAGGCCGCGCGCGGGGCGUUCGACGCGGUGGAGGCGCCGGUGACGCCGGUCUGGGAGGCGAUCCUGCACGCCGCGGACAGGUGCGAGCGGCUCGCGGACGCGGAGGAGCUGUUCGGGCGCAUGCAGGCGGACAGGUCCUGCAGGUUGCGGGUGCGGUCCUUCAAUUCGAUGGUGAACCUCAACAGCCGGCGCGGAGACGUGGGCCGCGUGGAGGAGCUCCUCGCGACGAUGAGGGCAGAGAGCAUCCGGCCCGACGCCAUGCUGUAUUCCGCCAUCCUGAACGGCUACGCCAGGAGUGGCGACGUCGAGGCGGCGACCCGCGCAUGGCAGGAGAUGCUGGACGCGGGUAUCCGUCCCACGUCGGUGUCCUACGUGUCGCUGCUGAACGUGCUCGCCGAGGCGAAGCUGCCAGACCUCGCCGUGGCCCGCGUGGAGGAGAUGUCGGCCUGUGGCCUGGUCCCCCAGGUGCAGCACUGGAACGCCGUGCUGAAGGCGUGCCAGCGGGCCCCCGACAGCGAGGCCGCGCUGCGGAACCUGGCGAGGAUGAAGGAGAGCGGGGCGCGGCGCCCAACGUGGUGUCCUACACGGCAGUGCUGCUGGCGGUGGUCCGCAGCGACCCGUCGGGCUGCGGGGCGGCCGUGGACGCGCUCCUCGAGGGGAUGGCCCGGGACGGCGUCGAGCCCGACGCUUCUACGAGACGCGGGCCAUCGCGCGGCUGGGCGCGGGCACUACCGAGGAGGCCCUGGCGGCGCUGCGGGCGGCCGACCGCGGCGCGCUGGAGGCCGUGGCCAGCGACUUCCGCGAGGCUGGGGCCCGCGGCGCGGGGCUCUCGACCAGGGCCGCCCGCCUGGCCGCCGCGGUGGAGGACUGACGCGCUGGGGGGGGGCGCCGGCGGCGCUGCCGACUGGGUCGAGGUGCAGGCGGAGCCGCACGGCACCUACUUCUGGAACCGCGCCACGGGCGCCACGCAGUGGGAGCGCCCCGCGGCCGGGAGCAGCAGGGGGCCACGUGCGAACCCUGCCGCCUACCCCCCCCCACGACCUCUGAGGGGGGGAGGGUGGGGCUCACUCCGCUCGGGAGAGCUCCCGAGCGAAGUGGUGCCCGCCCUCCCCACCCUCAGGGGUCGUGGGGGGUUAGGCGGGAGGGCUGGCACCUGGCCCCCGAAGCAUACCGCGGGUCCACGCGUGAGCGUGGCGGCUGUGGCCGACGCGCGGGGAGC